UGGGGGAUAUCGGUCAGUUACGUCCCUUGAUUCGGCAGGUGCUCGAUAGGUGGCGCUGUUGUUGAUUUGGUCCCUGUCCACUUCCGUGUUGGAUAAGAAAAAACAAACUUCGAGAUUAACAUAAUACAGAUUAUUUGAUUAAAAGUUGAUGAAAUGGCUUCGCAGUUUAGCUCUCUUUCAUUAGGGCAGCUCAGGACUGAAUUACGUAAACGUAAUGCUAAACUUUCUGGACGAAAGAAGGAGUUAAUAGAAAGAUUGGAGGCUUAUGAAAGGAACAACAACUUCAACCAGAAUGAUGAUCUCCUUCCUGAAUUUUGUAUGGACUUGCCAAAGGUCACUGGUUACAAAGACGUGCACAGCGAGGUUGAGAUGCCACCUAUCACAUAUGAGCAUGGAUGUGAAUUUCUGCAACAGUUCAAUGUAGAAUUUGAUCAGACGGUUUCCGAUUUAUACAAUGACAAAUUUCUUCUGUAUCUAAGAGUGUGCAAAGUGAAAGACCUUUAUUUUGUAAAGAGUGCAUGUCAUGCAGAAAUGAAAAAGAACAUCACAUACAUAGUUGACAUUUCUGUGAAACCAAAUGGUCGUGUUUUUGAAACUCAGUGUGAAUGUGGAGCUGGUGAAGGUCCUUUAGGCCAUUGUAAACAUAUUAAAACUGUUCUCUUUGCCUGUUGUCGUUUUGUGAAAACAAAGGAACUAAAAGUGGAACUGUCCUGUACAGAAAAAUUGAUGUCAUUUCACAAGACAAAAAAACAUAAAGGUUCACCUUUAAAAGCUAGAAACUUAAAUGUAGCUGGAGCAGAUGCAGUAUCUAACUUUCAAGAUUUUGACCCCAGACCACAAAAAUACAGAAAUGCUGAAGAAUAUAAAGACUAUUUCUAUAAUACAUGUAUGAAUUUUAAAGGAAUUUCAAUGACUCCAAUUUUUCAGACAUUCCCUCCAGCUAAUGUAAGGGCUUAUGCCCAUGACCAUGAUUAUUUAGCACUCACCCAGGAGGACAUUCUGCUGAAUGCAAUGAAAGUGAAUCAAAUAACUGAACAGGAUUACAAAAACAUUGAGGAAAUAACUCGUGGUCAGAACACAAAUGAACGUUGGAUUGAGGAAAGAGGAAAACGACUUCAGUCUUCCAAUUUCUACAGAAUUUGUACGGCCACGGAAAGAACUGAUCUUAAUAAAUUGGCCGAGUCUAUGGUGCUUGGUAAAAGCAUCAAGACGAACGAAGCGAUGCGACAUGGCCAUAAGCACGAAAGAGAGGCUAUUCAGCGUUUUGAGGCAGAUUGUAACAUAAAAGUUGUUAACUGUGGAAUUUUUGUUUCUAAAAUAUUACCAUUUAUUGGUGCAUCCCCAGACGGAAUUGUCAGUGACAAAGUUAUUUGUGAGGUUAAAUGUCCGUUCUCUGCACGAGAAAAAGAAAUUUCCCCUUUAACUGUGCCAUACUUAAAAAUUAAAGACAAUGCCCUCACUCUUAGUCCUACACACCCCUACUAUUAUCAAAUUCAAGGACAGCUGUAUUGUUCAGAAAGAGAGUUCUGUUAUUUGAUUAUAUAUACAUUGACAGACAUAAAAUAUAUCAAAAUUGAGAGGGACAGUGAAUUUAUUGCUAAAAUGUUGGACAAACUUAAGUAUUUUUAUGAACAUCAUUUCAAAGCUGUACUUUUGAGAAAGUAUUUGUACAAGGACUAUUAGACUGUUAAGAGUUCAAAGGUUAAAGUCAUGAACACAUUUAAGUGUCAGUGGUAAUGGUGAUUGUAAGUUUAACUGACAGUGUUCAACUGUUGAAGAUGUACAAAUGAUGCUUUAUUUUUUAAUGUGAUUAACAUGUGUUGAUCUCUACCCUCAAGGAGCUGAAUGAUUUAAAUUCCAUAUCACAAAACUGUGUUUUCAUUAUUGAUAUGUAAAAUGUAAAUGCACUCACUGUAUGUAAAUUUACACACUGUAUGUAUAUGCACUCACUGUACAUAUUUGCUAUUUUUAUUCAACUGUUUUGUUCAAAAUUAAACUAUUUUCACCA